AUGGCCACUUUCAACACUCAACUCAACGUCUUGGAACGCGAAACUCUCGCCCUCUUGUCAAGACGCGGAUUGGCCCUCUUGGAUGCCUCACGAGUCUUGCUUCAGGUCGACGCAGUUUGUGAGAUUGCUCAAGAGUGCGAUGUAGACGGGCGAAUCAUGGCGCGGUGCGAGAGACUUCAGUCGUUCUGCACAGACGUGGCCAACGCUGGGCGGGACCGGGAACUGAGCCGCGAAGCGGGAUUGUACUACGCCCGCGGUGUAGAAGCCAGGCUUUGCAAGACGAUUGGACGGAAAGGAUCGGAAGAACAAGUUCUGAUUGGGGAUGCUCAUCAGGCCCAGCUUGCCCGCCAGGAGCGCAAGUCCAAGGUACGCUUUGCGGAGCCUGUUGUGGUAAGUAGUCGAGAUGCAAAUGCCAGCCCCACGGCUGCCGAACUUAGACCGGUUCUGCAUCUCUAG